UAGAAACAUAGGAUUGACCAGUGUUUUUUCUAUUUCUUUGUUUCCUCUUGGAAACAUAGACUAAAGUCCAAAAACAUGGACAUCCAUAAAUUAUAGGAGGCUGUUCUGUGUUCUUCUCUGUCUCUAGUAAGAGUGCUCUGAAAUUAUCAAGUCUCCUCUGAAUAUGCCUAGUUUCAUACAUCCAUUAAUUUUAUUAAUAUGUUUUUAAGGGCUUAUAUGUUCUGUAAAAGUAUAUUUGUUCUAACUUGUUUUAUUUAAAAGCUUUCUAUGAUUUAUUUAAAGGUUGUAUGAAUGUUAUAUGAGAAUAUCUAGUUUCAGUAAUAGAAAAUCAUACUAAAAACGUGAAAUGAAGAACACCUAGAUAGAAUGAACCUAUCUUUUCUUAGUUGAAAAAUACAAAAAUUAUGAUAUCUAAAUUCAAAAAUCUAAAUAGAAACUUAGAAAUUGAGAAGGAGAAGAAGAGGAGGAGGAAGAGGUACGACGCCAAUGAUAUUGUUGGAUGAAGAAAAAGACUCUGGGUAAAGCAGGAGGAAAAUGAUGUAAAAUCACUGCAUUUAGCGUUUUUGUUAUUUAAAGGUUCGCAGGCAUUGAUGUGCGAGUGUGAUCGGUGAAAGGGGACUGCAGGUUCAUUGCUAAAGCUUAAUCCCAUAGGCGGCAACAUCGGUUGUCGUACGUUUUUCACCAUGAGAUAUUGCCAUAGUCUCACCUUCUCCAUUACCAACUUCUCAAUUUUCCCUUUCUUGGUAAGUCGAUCCUUCUGCAGCAAGGCCAGGGCAAACCGUUACGCAUCCCUCCUUCAAUUAUGUUGCCUUCAAAGUCCCAUAUCUUGUUCCUUCGCCUGUGCUGUACAUGCCCACAUGAUAGCUUCUGGGUUCAAGCCACGUGGCCACAUCCUCAACCGUUUGAUCAAUAUUUAUAGCAAAUCAUCGAAACUCGCUUACGCCCGCCACCUGUUCGAUGAAAUUCCACAGCCAGGCAUUGUUGCAAGAUCGACGUUGAUCUCUGCGUAUUCUGCCAUUGGGGAUUUAGAGCUUGCAAAAAAAAUAUUUAAUGGAACUCCGUUACCUAUGCGAGACACUCGAGACACUGUUUUCUACAACGCCAUGAUUACUGCUUACUCGCACAACAAUGACGGCCAUGCGGCUAUCGAACUAUUUCGUGACAUGAGAAGAAAUGACUUUAGCCCUGAUAAUUUUACAUUUACCAGCGUUAUUGGUGCAUUGGGGCUUGUGGCUGAAAAUGAAAGGCAUUGCCAGCAGAUGCAUUGCGCGGUGGUGAAGUCAGGGAUGGGUUUUGUUACUUCGGUGUUGAAUGCGCUAAUGUAUGCUUAUGUUAAGUGUGCAUCCUCACCGUCUGUGUUGUCGUCGUCAUUAAUGGGCGCAGCUCGGAAAUUGUUCGAUGAGAUGCUCGAGAGAGAUGAGUUGUCAUGUAGUACUAUUAUUACUGGGUAUAUGAAGAAUGAUGAUCUUGACGCAGCAAGAGAGUUUUUUUAUGGGGGUGGGAUGUGUGAGGAAAUGGUGGUGGCGUGGAAUGCGAUGAUUUCGGGCUACGUGCAUCGUGGUUUAUAUAAAGAAGCACUAGAGAUGUUUAGGAAGAUGUACUUAUCAGGAAUGCGUUCGGAUGAAUAUACAUAUACUAGUAUUAUUAGCGUUUGUGCAGAUGCUGGUUUCUUUCAGCUUGGUAAGGAAUUGCAAGCUUACAUUUUAAAAACUGAGGUCAACCCUUCACCUGACUUUUCAUUGCCCGUGAAUAAUGCAUUGAUCACUUUAUACUGGAAAUGUGGUAGAGUUGGUGAGGCCCUAGAGAUAUUUAAUUACAUGCCUAUGAAAAACCUUGUAUCAUGGAAUGCAAUUUUAUCUGGCUAUGUUAAUGCUGGGCGGAUAAAUGAAGCUCAAUCCUUUUUUGAGGAGAUGCCUGAGAAAAACGUAUUGACGUGGGCCGUAAUGAUGUCGGGCUUAGCUCAAAAAGGGUUUGGGGAAGAAGGUUUAAAGCUGUUCAAUCAGAUGAAAAUAUUAGGUUUUGAACCAUGUGAUUAUACAUUUGCAGGAGCAAUUACUUCUUGUGCUGUGCUUGGAACAUUGGAGCAUGGUCGACAGCUCCACGCUCAACUAAUCAGGUUUGGGUUUGAUUCAAGUCUUGCAGCGGGAAAUGCACUCAUAACAUUGUAUGCAAGAUGUGGUGUUGUUGAAGCUGCGGAGUCUAUGUUCCUUACCAUGCCUUGUGUUGAUUUUGUGUCAUGGAAUGCCAUGAUUGCAGCACUGGGGCAACAUGGCCAUGGCAUUCAAGCAAUUGAACUUUUUGAAGAGAUGUUGGCUGAAGGCAUAUUGCCCAAUGGGAUAUCCUUUCUUACAGUACUCUCUGCUUGUAGCCAUGCAGGUUUAGUUGAAAAAGGCCACCAUUAUUUCAAUUCAAUGUAUUCUGUUUACGGUAUAACCCCAGGUGAAGAUCAUUAUGCCCGUGUUAUUGAUUUGUUAUGUAGAGCUGGAAAAUUCUCAGAAGCAAAGAGUGUGAUGGAGUCAAUGCCUUGGAAACCUGGUGCUCCUAUUUGGAAGGCUCUUCUUGCUGGCUCUCGGAUACACGGGAACAUGGAUAUCGGCAUUAAUGCUGCUGAGCGGCUCUUUGAGCUGAAUCCUGAACAUGGUGGAACAUAUUUACAGUUGUCGAACAUGUAUGCUGAAGCAGGCAGAUGGGUUGAUGUGGCCAAGGUGCGGAAGUUAAUGAGGGACCGAGGGGUGAAGAUGGAGCCUGGUUGUAGUUGGCUUGAGGUUGAAAUUUGACGGCCGUGGAAUGGUCAAUUUAAACUUAUUCCCAUCUUGUUUUUCAUUAAAUAAUUUUUGUAGAUAGAGAAAUGAGUAUC